GGUCGCGGGGAUCCCGGACGCCGAGGCGGGAGCUCAAGUCUCCCGGGUCCGGAGCUUAAAUUUCCCGGGCGGGGAGCGCGGGGCCUGCCGGGAAGGCGCCGGGUCGGUUGUGCACCCGGCGGCGGCGGCGGCGGCGGCGGCGGCGGCCGACCGUGGGCUUCGCCAUGCAGAGCACAGACCUGGGCAACAAGGAGAGCGGCAAGCUGUGGCACCGCAAGCCUUCCCCGGCCGCUCGGGACGGGAUUAUAGUGAACAUCAUUCACAGCACUUCUGACUACCUUCCCAAAGUCUUGCGAUUUUUGAAUGUGGCUUUUGAUAGCUCAGGUGAUUGCUUAAUUGCUGGGGACCAUCAAGGAAAUAUCUAUGUUUUUGACUUGUACGGAAACAGGUUUAAUCUUGUUCAGCGAACAGCACAAGCUUGCACGGCUCUGGCCUUUAAUCUCCGUAGGAAGUCUGAAUUCCUUGUGGCAUUAGCUGAUUAUUCUAUUAAAUGUUUCGAUAGAGUUACCAAGGAGCUCGUUAGCUGGAUGAGAGGCCAUGAGUCAUCAGUGUUUUCGAUCUCUGUGCAUGCCUCAGGGAGAUACGCCAUCACUACUUCUUCUGACACGGCCCAGCUAUGGGACUUGGAUACCUUUCAGAGGAAAAGAAAGCUGAAUAUUCUACAGUCUGUGGGUAUCCAGAAGGUUUUCUUUUUACCAUUAAGCAAUACCAUCCUCAGCUGUUUUAAAGAUAAUUCCAUCUUCGCCUGGGAAUGUGAUACUCUUUCUUGCAGAUAUCAAUUACCAGCUCCACCUGAAAGUUCUAGUAUAUUAUACAAAGUAUUUGCCGUGACCAGAGAUGGUCGAAUCCUGGCCGCUGGAGGGAAAUCAAAUCAUCUUCACUUGUGGUGCUUGGAAGCUAAACAGCUCUUCAGAAUUAUUCAGAUGCCUACUAAAGUUCGCGCCAUCCGCCACCUAGAAUUUCUCCCUGAUAGUUUUGAUGCUGGUUCCAAUCAGGUUCUUGGAGUGCUAAGUCAAGAUGGUGUAAUGAGAUUUGUUAAUAUACAGACUUGUAAACUUCUCUUUGAAAUUGGGAGCCUUGAUGAAGGAAUUAGCUCAUCAGUAAUUAGCCCACAUGGACGGUACAUUGCAUCUAUUAUGGAAAAUGGAAGUCUGAACAUAUAUUCAGUUCAAGCUCUAACACAAGAAAUAAAUAAGCCACCUCCUCCCUUAGUGAAAGUGAUUGAAGAUUUGCCCAAGAGUAAACUGAAUUCUGGUGACCUUAAGAUAAAAGUAACAACAGGAAGAGUACUGCGGCCAGCAAAAUCAAGGGAAAACAAAAUACAAACCAGAAUACUAAAGCAAGACCUGGCUGGUAGUUUUGAAAAUAAAGAGAAUGAGUUGUCCGAUGGCUUAAACAAAAAGCGUUUACAAGUCUUAUUAAAAGGCUAUGGUGAAUAUCCAAUGAAAUACAGAAUGUUCAUUUGGCGUUCUCUUCUACAACUGCCUGAAAACCAUACGGCAUUUAGCAGCCUGGAAGAUAAGGGUGUUCAUGUGGCAUUUCUCAACCUUCAGAAGAAAUACCCCAUCAAAAGCAGGAAACUACUCAGAGUAUUACAGAGAACCCUAUCUGCAUUAGCUCACUGGUCUGCCAUCUUUAGCGACACACCAUAUCUUCCGCUCUUGGCAUUUCCAUUUGUAAAAUUAUUCCAGAACAACCAACUCAUUUGUUUUGAAGUUGUUGCUACUCUCAUAAUCAAUUGGUGUCAACACUGGUUUGAAUAUUUCCCUAACCCUCCCAUCAAUAUUCUCAGUAUGAUAGAAAAUGUUUUGGCAUUCCACGACAAAGACCUGCUGCAGCACUUCAUAGAUCAUGACAUAACUUCCCAGCUGUAUGCAUGGCCUCUUCUUGAAACUGUUUUUUCAGAAGUACUAACAAGAGAGGAGUGGCUAAAAUUGUUUGAUAACGUCUUUUCCAACCACCCCUCGUUCCUCCUGAUGACUGUGGUAGCCUACAACAUACACUGUAGAGCUCCUUUGCUCAACUGCAGUCUUAAAGAUGAUUUUGAGUAUUUUUUUCAUCAUCGGAAUAACCUGGAUAUAAGCGUUGUCAUUAGAGAAGUCUAUCAUCUCAUGGAUACCACUCCUACUGAUAUUCAUCCCAACAGCAUGCUUCAUGUCUUUGUGGCAUUGACGAAAGGGCAAUAUCCAGUAUUUAACCAAUAUCCAAAGUUUAUUGUGGACUAUCAGACACAGGAGCGAGAAAGAAUAAGGAUUGAUGAAUUGGACUACCUGAGAGAGAGGCAGAUGGUUGAAGAUAUGCAAGCUGAGGUAGACCAGCAGAGAGUUGAAGACGAAGCUUGGUACCAAAAACAAGAACUACUUCGUAAAGCCGAAGAAACGAGGAGAGAAUUGCUCUUACAGGAGGAAGAAAAGAUGAUACAGCAAAGACAGAGACUAGCUUCUGUGAAAAGAGAGCUGAAAGUCAAGGAAAUGCACUUACAAGAUGCUACACGAAGGCGGUUUCUGAAGCUGCAGCAAGAUCAGCGUGAAAUGGAACUAAGAAGACUGGAUGAUGAAAUCGAGAGAAAGGUACACAUGAGAGAUCGAGAAAUUGCUACUACAGCGAAAGACCUAGAAAUGAGACAUCUGGAACUCGAAUCACAAAAAAGACAUUAUGAGAAGAAUCUUAUUAGAAAUCAGGAAGCUGUUGCAAAAGAAAUGAGAGAAGAUGCAAAUGCCUUUAGACAAAAAGUGGAUCUUGAAGAACACAUGUUUCAUAAACUGAUAGAAACAGAUCAAACUCAGAACCAAAAAACUCAGAAGUUAAUUGAAGAAAAUUUGGCAAAAGCUGGACAAGCAUGUCUAAAUGCCGACUGGCGAAUUCAAGCUUUAUAUAAACAAAGAUGUGACGAUCUGCGGCGAAACGAGUGUUACCAGGAAGUGGCCAGACUUCUUCGGGAAAACAGAAGGAAAGAAACAGAAGUAUUAGACGCAAUGAUGGGGGAGGAAGCUAAAAAGUGGGAGGAAGCUAAAGAAAAAGACUUUCAUUUGAAAUCAGAAAAGAAAGCUUCAGCUCUCGCAGAUGCAUCUAGAAAGUGGUUUCUAGAGAAAGAGAUAAAUGGUGCUUUAGAACAUGCUGAACGUCCAUAUAGUAAAGCAGUGCCCAGGUACCAAAUUGGACAGGUCGCCUCAAGCUGCUUGCCUCAAACCUCACAAUUAAAUGACAUUUCAGAAAUGGAUUCCUCAACAUGCACAUGCUGAUGCCAUUUUCCCAGGGAUUGAUAAUGGAAAUUCCUGAAAUGGAGAGAGCAGGGUUCUCAGCUAUUCUAGCUGGAGAGCAAACUGAAUCAGACCGAAACCAGGUAGAGAACGUUUGCCAGAUGAAUGUCACUGACGUGAUUUCCUUUCUCUGAUACUAGUCAUAGGCGCCUACAGAAGUCUGUCACUAACUAAAGUAGUGAUAUUCACAACCAGUUUUUACACCCUCGUGGAGAGAAAAUCUGAGCAUUAGUUUUCAAAGCUAUUACGUAUUUGAAUUUUCUGACUCUGUUCUUCUGGACUGGGCCCUGUCCAAUAGCCACUAAAGACAGGAGUUUUUGCUCGGGGCCCUGUGGUGGCCCACCGGGGCCCCUAGCGGCCCACCUGCCCAAGACAAACGGCUUCAUGCUGAAUGGCUGACGUUUGAUCCCUCCGCUUGAUUCCCUGCAAGUUUUUGUUUAUGUUUGCAAGGGACAGGGUGGAAACGUGAUACAGAAAUAGAAUCACAGCAUUAGCCCAUAAAGGAGCUGACGGUUUUCCCAAUAAAGUAUUUGAUUUCUUUUUUAAAACGGGGGAGGGAACAAGAAACUCUGUUAGACUUCGAUUUCAACUGACAUUUUCAACAAAACCAUCAUAUAGAAGAAGCAAAAUUUAACAAGAUCUUUUGAGUUCUUUUAGAAGAACAGAUUCUUACACAGUGUCCCCUGAAGACAAGCUUUAUAAAAAAUAUCCCUAGUAACAGGGCGUGUGAUUCCAGUGUUGUAAAUUUUUGCUAACUCAUGCUUCAUGUGCAUCCACAGAUUCUGUGUCAGAAUAGGAAUUAAACCAAAAGUCACGUGUAAGUUGAACGAAAGUACACAGGAUUUCCAUCUGUUCUUUAGUCCGACAUGUCAGGACUUAAAUUUUUAGUUAGAUAAUUCUAAGUUAGAAAAUCAAAUCAAGACGUUUGGUAAGCUCAGAUUAUUUAGCAGAAAACAAAACAUAAAAGUUGUAUUCCUGUGGAGGAAAAUAUCAUGUUCAGAAAUUGGAGCUGUUUGACUAUGUAACUAAGUUUGAGAGAAGUGUACUUUUAAGGUGCUUUUUUUUUUCAGAUUGCAGUGUUUACUAGCCCCUCAAACGCAGUAUGAAAUGGCUGUUGCAUGUGGAUACAUUGUAAUAUUUUAAUUGGACGCUCCCUGUGUUGGCCACUAUGAAAACCAUUUGAUUUAUUUAUUUUUAUUUAGUCAUUGGGAAAGUAGUCUUGGUGUACUUUUCUAAAUAUUUUGGCAACUUGGAAUGCUUUUUCUCAUUAUCAUUAAGCCACUCACCCUCUCUUGGACAAGAUUUGUUCCUGAUCUAAAAGAUUGUCUAUAGUUUAUAGCCCCCAAAUUUAAAAACAAGUGCUACAUAAACAAAAGCAAGUAGGUUCUCUCAUAGCCUUCAUUGAAUUCAACAAAUAAAUAUUUGGCUUGUAAAUGGAACAAUAUAGGAACCAAUAGGUGAGGCUUUUUUGUUCGAGAAAUUUGGUUUCUCGAAUAUUCAUUUCAUUAUUGGUUUUUGACAACGUAUUUACCUUUAAAAUAAAUGCUAUAUCGCUGCUAACAUCGGAAAAUUAAACUGUUGUUA